AUGGAUAAGAUUCGCCCAGGAAAGGAACUUCCUGUGCUAAAGAUCGGAGAUCCAGUGGUCGUCCAAAAUAGACAAUCCAAACGAUGGGAUAAAUAUGGUGUUAUUCAAGAGAGAAACCUGAAGGUUAGGAAAUAUGUAGUACGUUUAUCUUCUGGAUUAAUCACUGUACGCAAUCGCAAAGACUUACGAUUACGCUACCCACCAAAACAUCAGAAUGGCGGAACAUCACUCUGGUUACCCGUCAUAGAUUAUCAAAAUGAUCCAGAUAAACACUUGAAACCAGUUCAACAAUCUAGUCAAGAUAAUCAGCACAAUGACAGCGAUUCUGAUAGUGAUGACGAAGAUGAUUAUAGACCCAACAUAAAUGAUACAAAUGGAGAAGUCAAGUUAUAUCCAAAUGCAGAACAACCUGAAAUUCCAGUAGAGGAAGCAGUCCAUGUUCCUGUUCCAAAACCAAUUUUGAAACGUCCCAAGACAAGAGACCAAACUCAACCAAUCAGAAUAAGAACAGAAGAAAACCCAAUAUCAACACCCUUAAUCCUAAUUUCUAAAUAA